CGAGCCGUGUUUGUCCAGGAGCCGGACAUCGGGUCGGUCCCCAUGGCAGCCUUCCUGUCUGCCGGCCUCGGCGUGCUCACCCCCUCGGAGACCUACGCCCUACCCACGGCCAGCUCCAGCUGGGAGCCCCGGCUGGGGACGCCGUUCUCAUCAGGGCCCUGCACCGACUCCGCGGGGGCCCACGCUGCAGCCCAGCCCACCGGGCAGGGCCCCAAGAACCCGCGUGUGUCCGGCGUGACGGUUCAGCUGGAGACGAAGCCUCUGUGGGAGGAAUUCAACCAGCUGGGCACAGAGAUGAUUGUCACCAAGGCGGGCAGGAGGAUGUUCCCUACCUUCCAGGUGAGGAUCCUGGGCAUGGACACGCGUGCCGACUACGCCCUGCUCAUGGACUUCCUCCCUCUGGACGACAAGAGAUACAGGUACGCCUUCCACAGCUCGGCCUGGCUGGUGGCGGGCAAGGCGGAUCCGGCCACACCGGGCCGCGUGCACUUCCACCCCGACUCGCCGGCCAAGGGCGCCCAGUGGAUGCGCCAGAUCGUGUCCUUCGACAAGCUCAAGCUGACCAACAACCUGCUGGAUGACAACGGCCACAUCAUCCUCAACUCCAUGCACCGCUACCAGCCCCGUUUCCACGUGGUCUUCGUGGACCCGCGCAAGGACGGCGCGCGCUACGCCCAGGAGAACUUCAAGUCCUUCGUCUUCACGGAGACCCAGUUCACGGCCGUGACGGCGUAUCAGAACCACCGGAUCACGCAGCUGAAAAUCGCCAGCAACCCUUUCGCCAAGGGCUUUAGAGAGAGUGACCCGGACUCCUGGCUGGUGGCCCCACGGCCCCUGCUCAGCGUCCCCGCCCGGAGUCGCCGCAGCCUCAGUCCCUGCCUGCUGAAGCGUGCCACUGAGAGGGAGAAAGACCCCAACAGAGCUUCAGCCUCCACCUCCAGGACCCCUGCCGGGCUCCACCAUCAGCUGCUGCCCACUCCGGAGGCCCUCCUGGCCCCGGCCACCUACAGGCCCCUCGCCUACCAGGGCCUGUACCCUGAAGUGCCAAGCCACCUGGGGGUCCCAAGGGCCCGACCCGCACCCUACCCCCUCCCCAACAUGCGGCCUGGUCAGGACUCCUCGUGA